CGUUCGCGACACGAAUGCACAUUAGCAAGCAGCAUUAGGCACGUGAUGAACCCUUUAAAACCUGGCUGCACCUUACCAUGGCUAUAUUAAACGGCCAACCGUAUAGACCAUGGUGCGUGGCGUAGUGUUUGUUUUGUUAGUCGCAGUGACCUUACCGGUCGUACCGCGGGUACGAGCCAUCUGUACGACUUCGUUAUCUGCCGACAGGGUUGCUUCCUGUGCGUUCAACCCACUACUGCUGCUGGUGGAACGUUCCGGUUGGGUACUGUCGAGACAGAACUGUGGCGAAACGAUCGGUUCGGAAGCAUUCGAGGUGCCACCGAUCGUAUACUUUGACUACACUGAACCAGAACAUCUUUAUACCUUGGUGUUUGUGGCAGAAAAUAUCCAUCAGCAUCCGUCCGAUAAUGAUUCCGUGGAAAGAACGUUCUAUUUGCAGUGGCUCGUCGUAAAUAUUCCCGACUCAUCCCUAGCGAAUGGCAUGAGGUACAUGGAUGGAGACACAAUUGUGGAUUAUCUAUCGCCCAUGCCACGAUCGGCCGAUGAUGAUGGCGAUGUUGAUGGGCAACCGACACGCUACGGAGUCUAUCUGUACGAACAGGUUUACGGUACGAUUUAUCCACCGACACCGAACGCCAGGGAGUACUUCAAUUUGGAUGGCUGGAUCGGCACAAUCUAUCCCGAGGCAGCCCUCUGCGGUCCGGUUGCAUCGAUCGGAUUCGGAGUUUAGCAGUAGGCAGCGUCAACGAUUCGUAGUGGCCGUCGGCAGUUCGGAUAAAUUGUCCGUCCUAUCGAGUGGAAAUAUCUUUCCUGCUUUCCACGUACCGCUUACCAUCGGUACAAUGAAGCCGAUCGUAUUUGGGAUCCUGUAGAGUAGUAAGAAAUGGUACGGAUUGUGAUCGGUUUCAUGAAACCAAGGUUUCGGUGGUUUUUAUUUACUACCGCCAGAGAAAGAAAUGGUAACACAAGAUAGUGUUUUCGACCUGAAGCAAAUAUAAUAUCUCGCUAGGCACAAUUUAUACGAUCAUCUGGUGCAUAAUUUAGCUUCAAGUAGUGCAACGCUUACCUGCGACCAGGCACGGGACAUCUACACGUGUUCGUUUGCAACACGGGACACGUUGCUGGCAGUAAAUAAACGUACUUCGAUUUCCUUCC